GCUCGUCUUCCUCCCGUGACACCAGUACUUCUCGUGCUCGGUGUGGGAGAGGAGUGUUGGUAGUAGUUGUCACCGCUCGGGUUAGGAAAGAAAGACGAUCAUGAGCUCCGGAUUAGCCUUCAGCUGAGCCACUGACUGGCGCUGAUGCACUGAUUCUCUGACCCCCUGACGAGUUUCGAGCAAUGCCGGGCGCGCGCAUGUAGAUGUCGAAGUGAUCGAGCAGGUCGGGAGUCGGGUCGACGCCCUCGCCUGCUGGAGCAGACGGAUGAAAUUCUGGCGAGCAUUGUUGCGCCGGCGGCAGAUUUAGAGUUGCAGCAUUUUCGAUCUUUCCGUCGUCGCGCACCGAGGAGGAGAUAGAGAUAGAGAUAGAAAGAGAGAGAGCGCUGUGGUUUCCGCGGUCUUCCCGGAAGCUGGGGGCUCUGGAGAAUUGUCGUGGCGACUAGAAGAAGAUUUGAUUUGAAGAAGAUCCUCGAGGAGUGGGGGAGGGAGGGAGAAAGAGAGGGAUUGAGGAGGCACGCAGGGUAGGAUGGCGGUGACAUCAGGCGUGGACUGGGAGGAUCUGACGAGAUGGCGAGUGGCAAUGUUCGACUGGGAGCACGAGAGUUACCCCGAGCCGAAGGACUACAUUUUGAUUCCGAUUUUUGCCGUAUUCUUCCUGAGCGUCAGAAUAUUGCUCGACAAUUAUUUGUUCGAGCCCGCCGGUAGAUUCUUCGUCUUCGGAAGGGGCGGAUACAAGCUCAAGGGAGUGAGCGAGGCCGAUAGGGAUAACCUGAGGAAGACGCUGGUCAAGUUCAAGGAGUCGUCGUGGAAGCUGUGCUACUUUCUGUCGGCGGAGAUGUUCGCGCUCGCGGCCACUUACAAUGAGCCCUACUUCAGCGACACCAUGAAGUUCUGGGUCGGCCCCGGCUCGCAAAAUUGGCCCAAUCAAUUGUGCAAGAGCAAGCUGAAGCUGCUGUACACAUCGGCCGGCGGGUUCUACACGUACAGUAUUUUCGCGCUGGUGUUCUGGGAGACGAGGCGCAAAGAUUUCGGCGUGAGCAUGUCGCAUCACGUCGUGACGCUGGCGCUCAUUAUCGUGUCCUACUGGGUGCGCCUGGGGCGCGUGGGUUCCAUGGUGCUGGCGCUGCACGAUGCGAGCGACGUGUUCCUGGAGGUGGCCAAGCUGACCAAGUACAGCGGCUCCGAGCUCAUUCCGGCCGUGGCGUUCGUCGUGUUCGCCAUCUCGUGGAUCGUUCUGCGCCUGGUGAUUCUGCCCUUCUGGAUUAUCCGCAGCACCAGCUAUGAAGUGUUGACGGUGGCGGACAGAAGUCAACCGUACGGGCCGCUCAAGUACUACAUCUGCAACACGCUGCUGAUCAGCCUGUUCGUGCUGCACAUUUACUGGUGGGUGUUGAUUUGGAGAACUCUCAUGCGCCAGAUCAAAGCGCUGGGCAAGGUCGAGAACGACGUUCGAUCGGACUCCGAGGAAGAGGAUGAGAAGAACGAUUGAGGAACAAUUCUUCGAGGAUCGGCAUUUCUUCCAGUGCGGCGAUUGGGGACGAUCACUCUCCGUAGCGGCGCUUAGUACUCGACCGGCGUCUCCGUCCUGAAGCUCUCGACUCUGUGGGAUCGAGUGUGAACAUCAGCAGUUCGGUAGGCGAGCCGUAGUUGAGGACAAUCCAGGUUCAUUCGAUGCGCUGGUCCUCGAACUUUUCAUCAUUGAAGUGGAGAGUGGUAAGGCCGCAGAAGACGUCGUUGGAUCUGGACCGUCUUGCUUGUUUGAAUCUUCCAAUUUGGUGUGUGAAAGCAAGAGCUCCUUAGGGAUUCGUGAUUUUCGACAGAAUUAUGUACUCUAUGCGGAUGAGCCUGUGAUGUUCUUUAUAGGGAGGGGGAGUAUUGUCCAAAGUAUUGGUCAUGAGUCUUGUACGACCACAGAUGAAGCAAAGUUAGUCCAGAAGAUCCCUGUGGCAGCACCGAUGCAUUCGUAUGCUGCGACGAUUAUUCAAAGAUCCCUACUGCAUACGAUGGCCCAGUGCGUUAGAUCUAGAAUGAGGAUAGCAACCUCUGUAGAUCACCAAUAAGAGGUUUUCUUCUGGCCAAGGAAGCAGUCUUGAGCAAAGCGCCGGGUUCUGGUGCCCACUCAUCCUUGAAUGUGGAUGCCUUGUGGCGAUUGAGUUCAAUUUUCUGGGAAACUUGUCCUGACAGAACCACGUGUUCGAGGGCCUCUUGCGCAAUUUGCC